AUGUUCCGUACAGCGCUCCGGCUUUCGGCCACAGGAGCCCGGACCUUGACGACCCGGUUCCAACCCCGCCAUGCAGCGCCGUUGGCUUCGAGAUGUUAUUCCCAUGCCAAAGUGGAGACGGACGAGGAGUUUGACGCCCGCUGGGUCACCUACUUCAACAAGCCCGACAUCGAUGCGUGGGAGCUGAAGAAAGGCAUGAACACCUUAAUUGGGUACGACCUGGUACCUGAGGCCAAGAUCCUAGACUCGGCACUCAGGGCGUGCCGGAGACUCGACGACCUCGCCAGUGCCAUCCGCAUCCUGGAGGCUGUCAAAGACAAAGCGGGCCCUCACAAAGACAUUUACCCAUACUUGAUCCAGGAACUGCAGCCCACGCUGGCAGAACUUGGCAUCUCCACGCCAGAAGAACUCGGCAUUGACAAGCUUUAA